AUGAUUUCAUUUGAUGAUAUAUUAGAAAAAAAAAUAAGGACCGGUUCUUACUAAUUUAAAACGUUAGGAAUAAUUGGUUUAGUUGAAUUUUGUGAUGGCAUCGAAUAUGCUUACAUGUCUAUUCUGGUCGCUAUAAUAUAAAAAGAAUGGGAAUUAAAUCAAUAAUAGAUAGCAUCUUUAGGGUCAUCAUUUCUUUUAGGUAUGGUGAUUGGAAAUUGUAUUUGUGCCUUUAUAACUGAUAUAAUUGGUCGUAAAACAACGUUUACAAUUUUCACAGGACUAUCAGUUUUUUUGAUAUACUUUACAAGUAUUUGUACUUCAUACAAUUAAAUGAUUACGCUAAGGCUUAUGUUUGGAAUUGUUUUUGGAACAAGCUACCCAUUAGGAUAUGUCUUUAUUUCAGAAGUCACUGAACCAAGAUAUAGGGGUAGAUUUGGAUAUUCUAUGGGAGUGUUAUUUGUGAUUGGGAAGAUAUACUUAGCAUUCUUAUGUAUAUUCUAUCUAAAUGAUUUUACAUCAGGAAAUUGGAGAGGAUUGAUUAGAGUGAAUGGAAUUCCAGUUGCAAUCAGCUUUAUUUUGUCGUUGUUUUUUUUAAAGGAAACGGUGAGAUACUAUUUAAAUUCGAGAGAGUACAAAGUCGCAUUUGACCUAAUCGAUUCAACAAUACAAGAGAACUAAAGAGAACCUGAAAUAUUAACAGAAGAAGAGAAAUAAGGGUUGAUGAAUUGGUAGGAAAAGUAAAUAUAAAUAAAUUAGGAGCAAGAAUUGAAUAAGUUCGGAAUUCUAUCAUAAAACUAUAAGUACAUAACUAUAAAGAUAUGGAUUUUGUACAUUUUAGCUAAUUUACAAAAUAUGAGCAUCUAUUUGUUAAUGCCGUUUUUGUUUGCAAACAAUAACUCAAACUUGAGUUCUAUGUUGUUCAUGUUCAUUUUAGAAUUAAUAUUCGCAUUGCUAUUGUAUGUUUUCAUUGAUGAUCCUAAUAUUGGUGGUAGGAAGAUGGUAAUUGGCUAUUCAUCAUUGAUUUUGGUAUUAGCUAAUGCUAGUUUGUAUAUUUUCAGAGAACAUAUUCUGUUUUUUGGUUUGCUUCUAAUAAAAUUAGCAUGCAGAGCACUGUUUUCCACGUUAGGUCUAGUUUGUUGUGAAAGUUAUCCAUUGCAAUUGAGAGCAUAAGGAACUGCAAUAGCAUUUGGAAUUGGUAAAACAGCCUCAAUCCCAUCUCCAUUUUUCUUAUUUCCUUUAUUUUAUUUAGAUCCAUAUUUACCAUUUGCCUUGAUGAGUGUGCUAUCAAUUAUAAUGAUUAUAACAAAUUGUUUGAUUGGAGAGGACAAGACAAUGAAACCACUGGAAUCACACAAAGAAGAAUGA